AUGAAAGAAGAUGACUGGAACGCUGUUAUCCAAACCAAUUUGUCAGCGGUGUUUCAAGUGAGUAAAGCGGCCAUUAAAGUGAUGAUGAAGCAGCGUUAUGGUCGCAUUGAGGGCUCGAUGGAAAAUAUUGAACAGCGCGUGAAACAAAUCAUUUCUCAACAAUUAGGCAAAGAUUUAGCUGAAGUGAAAAACGAAGCAUCUUUUGUUAAUGAUUUGGGUGCUGAUUCGCUAGAUACCGUUGAAUUGGUCAUGGCUUUAGAAGAUGAGUUUGGUAUUGAAAUUCCAGACGAGGAAGCAGAAAAAGUGACGACGGUUCAAUCGGCUAUUGACUAUGUGACCAAUAAUGCAAAAGCGUAG